CAAUUGUAUCUAUCUGUACAAUAAUAACGUGGCUGUUUCUUUAAACAUGUGACGUCAUCAUUAAUCGACCGCGUGAAGAAGCGGCUCGUGGGGAGUUUGCAGGACUCUUCAGGCUGCUGAAUCAUUUUGAUAGCUGAUUUCAGGAUGGAGUCUCUGUUUGGAUCUGUAGGUCUUGGUAUGCUGGCAGGUGUGGGCUGUGGGCUCUGCCUCGGUUGGUACCUUCGUGGGCAGUUUGGCAGCUCGUCCCGCACUAUGAUGUCUGCUUUAAGGAACAGCGAUGAGAGUUGCAUGAUGGGGGAGAGUGGGGAGUUCAAAAUGAUCUUGGUUGUCCGGACAGAUCUGAAGAUGGGCAAGGGAAAAGUGGCGGCCCAGUGUUCUCACGCUGCAGUGUCUGCCUACAAACAGGUCCAGCGCAGAAACCCAGAGCUCCUGAAACAGUGGGAGUACUGUGGGCAGCCAAAAGUGGUGGUGAAGGCCCCAGAUGAGGACUGUUUGCUGGAGCUGCUGACCCAUGCCAAAGCACUUGGGCUGCCAGUCAGUUUGAUCCAAGAUGCUGGAAGAACCCAAAUCGCACCAGGGUCACGGACUGUUCUUGGUGUGGGACCCGGACCAGCAGAUCUCAUUGACAAAGUGACUGGACACCUAAAACUAUUUUAAAUGAUAGCAAAGCAGCAGCUAUUGGACAAAGAUGGGAAUAAACAUGCCAUUUAGGUGGACAAAUUUAACCAACCCAAGACAUUGUAGAUUUUAUACAAAGGAGAAAGAUGCAAUGGAAGUAAAGUGUUAAAAUGACACGGGUUGUUAUAAUUUGACCAUUUAUUUUAAGUAAACCGUCCACCCGCUCCAUAAUUGAACAUCGGAGUACAUUUGUUAUGUCGUUAUCAGUCUAUGAACAGAAAGGGGUUAUUUAGGAAUCAGUUUUAUAUCUGAAACUCCCCACUCAUACCCAGUGGAAUAGAAGCUUUGUCUUUGAGAUUAUCUGCUUUUCCUUUGGACAGCAAUUUAUGCUAAUAUGAUCACUUUACUGACCAGAAGAUUAAAUACACAGUCCAUUUCAAACCAUCUUAAGUCAAUGAGUAUUAACCAGUUACGGUCUGAUGAUGUGAAAGUAAUCCCACCAUUAAGACGUUAUGCACAACUAAAUGAAACUCUCCAUGUGUGUGUAUAAAUAGGGCAGUAAAUAUAAAGCUACAGAAAUAUCAGUAGUAAUUGAUGAGUGUUUGGACGAAAAGAACACAUGGCACAUAAAGUGGCUUUUACACCAGAUCUUUCUUGACAAACAAGAAGCCUUUAUUUAUAUGGUAAUCUGGGGGAAAAUCUUAUUCUUUGUGCACAAUUACUACAAUAGGUUUAUGAUUCAUCUGAACCUAGUCAAAUCUGAGUAGAGGACACACAGGGAAGUUUGUUUUCUUGUUUUA